UGUGUAACAAAUGAGGGGUUCAGAUACAUAGAAACGCUAAGGUUGAAAGUCCUUCGCGAUCUCCCACUUCGCAUUUUCGGGCAGCUUUUUUUUCUUAAGAAUCUUUUUUCCCAUUUCCCUUCGCCGCAAACACGACAUUCCAACGAAAUAUCGACGGAUUUCGUCUCUGCUAAAACUAGGCCAUAUUCGACUUAAUUUUCUUGCAUUCGAUAGAUACGAACUUCCUCACAAUUCUAAUUUGCAAACGAGGUUAACGACUUGCGACGUUUCCUGGCAUCCCCGCAAUCAAAUAUCGACUUUUAUUUGUUUAUCAUCCCUCUUCCACAAAUCCCACCAAGAUGAGUGUAGUUGGUGUCGAUUUCGGAACCCUGAACACUGUCAUUGCAGUCGCCAGGAAUCGAGGUGUCGAUGUCAUUACAAAUGAAGUCUCGAAUCGAGCUACCCCUUCCCUAGUCGGAUUCGGACCCAAGUCUCGAUAUCUCGGAGAACCUGCAAAGACACAAGAGAUUUCUAACCUCAAGAACACCGUCAGCUCCUUAAAGCGGCUGGGUGGACGAAACAUCAAUGACCCCGACAUUCAGAUCGAGCAGCAAUAUGUCUCGGCAUCUCUCGUUGAUGUCGGCGGCGGCCAGGUUGGCGCUGAAGUGUCUUACCUAGGCAAGAAGGAGAAGUUUUCGGCCACUCAACUGACGGCUAUGUUCUUGAGCAAGGUCAAGCAGACAGCCCAGAAUGAGCUGAAGUUGCCUGUAUCGGAUAUUGUCAUCAGUGCGCCUGCGUGGUUUACCGACGUCCAACGAAGAAGUCUUCUAGAUGCAGCCGAGAUCGCUGGUCUAAAGCUCCUUCGCGUUAUGAACGACACCACUGCGGCUGCCUUGGGCUACGGUAUCACUAAGCUCGAUCUUCCUUCAGCUGAAGAGAAGCCACGCCGAGUCGCAUUCGUCGAUAUUGGUCACGCCGACUAUUCUUGCUCGAUCGUCGAGUUUAAGAGAGGCGAGCUCAGUGUCAAGUCGACAGCGUACGACCGCCAUUUUGGUGGCCGAGACUUCAACCUGGCCUUGGUUAAUCAUUUCCAGAAGGAAUUCAAGGGCAAAUACAAGAUCGACAUCACGACUAACCCCAAGGCUAUGGUUCGUGUCGAGGCUGCUGCCGAAAAGCUCAAGAAGAUUCUGUCAGCCAAUCAACAAGCACCAAUGAACAUUGAGUCGCUCAUGAACGAUAUCGAUGUGACGGCUAUGAUCACACGACAGGAGUUCGAGGCGCUCGUGGAACCGCUACUAAACCGUGUCACGGUACCAUUAGAGCAGGCCCUCGCCGAGGCCGGGCUCACGAAGGAAGAUAUUGAUGUAAUCGAGUUGGUUGGUGGGUGCACCCGUGUUCCCGCCCUGAAAGAACGAAUUCAGGCAUUCUUUGGAAAGCAGCUCUCGUUUACCCUCAACCAGGACGAGGCUGUUGCUCGGGGUUGUGCUUUCUGCUGCGCUAUCCUCUCUCCCGUCUUCAAGGUCCGUGACUUUGCUGUCCAGGAUAUUGUCAACUAUCCUAUCGUGUUCUCCUGGGAAAAGGACGUUGAUAUCCCAGAUGAGGAUACUAGCCUUACUGUCUUCAACAAGGGCAACGUUCUUCCUUCGACCAAGAUCUUGACUUUCUACCGAAAGCAACCGUUCGACCUCGAGGCUAGAUACGCUAAGCCUGACGAAUUGCCUGGCAAAGUUUCUCCUUUCAUUGGCCGAUUCUCCGUCAAGGGCGUAAAGGCGGACCCUAAGACUGAGUUUAUGAUCUGCAAACUCAAAGCUAGAGUUAACAUUCACGGUGUCCUUAAUGUGGAGAGUGGAUAUUACGUCGAAGAUCAAGAAGUCGAAGAGGAGGUUAAGGACGAAAAGAAAGAUGAUGGAGCCAAGAAAGAUCCUGACGCAAUGGAAACCGAUGACAAGAAGGACUCGGAUAAGCCCAAGACCCGAAAAGUCAAGAAGCAAGUCCGCAAAGGCGACCUGCCUAUCGUUGCUGGCACCAACUCCUUAGAUGUGGCCACCAAGAACAGUCUCACUGAAAAGGAAGCUGCGAUGCUUAUGGAGGACAAGCUCGUUGCUGACACAGAAGAGAAGAAGAACGAACUAGAGACAUACAUCUACGAUCUCCGAAACAAGUUGGACGACCAGUAUGCCGAAUUCGCUAGUGACGAUGAGAAAGACAAGAUUAGAUCGAAGCUAACGGAGAGCGAGGAUUGGCUAUACGAGGACGGUGAAGAUGCUACCAAGGCCGUCUAUGUCGCUAAGAUGGACGAGAUUCGAGCUAUGGCCGGUCCCAUUACGCAACGCUACUUCGACAAGGUAGAAGCAGACCGUCAAGCCCUGCAAGCUAAGCUUGAUGCCGAUGCUGCUUCUAAGAAGGCUGCUGAAGAGGAAGCCCGAAAAGCAGCCGAGGCCGCGAAGGGCGAGACCAAGGACGAAGAGAUGACGGAUGCCGAGGCUGCGAAGCCAGAGGUCGAGGAGCCCCAAUCGUAGUAGCAGACAGAGGACUUCUCCCUUAAGCGCAAACGCGCCAAUUCUUCAUGAUAUCAGUAUCUACGGAUAGGUGGCUGUCCCAGGCACUAAUUGAUGUAUGCAUGACAAGGACGAAAACAGGAGUGUUAUAAUGACAACGGCAGGGGUGAUUGGGCGGAUACUGGACUAGGCAUCGUUCAGGGGGGUUCUGCUCAUCGAUCAUCCAUUUUGCAGGUAGUUCACGAGGAAUAGAUUUUUUUCCCCAUUAUGCGGACAGAAAGGGGCAACAGGAAUUCAAGCACGCGGACUUUAGAUAGACCCAGACAAUGCAGGUUACUUGAUUAAAAGUGCGUUUUUUAACCUGUCUGUCUGGCUGUCCAAUGUGAUUCGUGUCUGGUGAGAAAUGUGAAUAGCAUGCAUCGGAUGCACUAUACCACCAUUGUGGGGUAUUUUUGGUACUGUAC